UCUGCUAGUUCCUCUUAUUCUUCCUCGUCUUCGUCGUCUUCUCCCUGCCACCACUUGCUUAUUAGGUUUGAUGCUCUCACAGCAGUUGGUUUUGCUUCACUAUCCCUUGUCGCUCCCCCCCCUCCCCCCUUCCUCUCUCUCUCUCUCUCUCUCUCUUUUUGCACCCGUUUCGCGUCAGUCUUGUGUUGCUCUCUUCUUGCUUGGCUGGGUUACUUGCCGCUUUAUUUCAGUGAUAUGAGAUGGCGAAGGUGGUAUCUCGCCAACUUGCUAGGAUUGUAGGAUAGGGCUUUUAUGAAUUCGGCGGAAUUCGGCGGGUUUCGAGGUUAGGACAGGAGUUGGGAGGCUGUGCAGUGGCGCGGGUUUGUGCAGGUUUUUGCAGUCGAUAUCGGAGUCAGGUGAUGAAGGAGAGAGCACAUGGCUCGGACUCCGAUGGCGUGCACAGCUGCUGCUGGUAAUUCGAACACACGCUCCAGGUGUGUUACUGAAACGGUGAACGGCUCGCACCAUUUUACCAUCAAUGGCUACUCCUUGGCCAAGGGCAUGGGAGUGGGUAAGUAUAUUGCUAGUGAGAGCUUUUUUGUAGGGGGCUACCAGUGGGCCAUCUACUUUUAUCCCGACGGCAAGAAUGCCGAAGACAAUUCUCUCUAUGUGUCGGUGUUCAUAGCACUGGCGAGCGAGGGCACGGAUGUUCGGGCGUUGUUUGAAUUGACGCUCUUAGAUCAGAGCGGCAAGGGUAAGCACAAGGUGCACAGCCACUUCGAUCGCUCCCUCGAGAGCGGCCCCUAUACCCUCAAGUACCGGGGCAGCAUGUGGGGUUACAAGCGCUUCUUCAGACGCGCCGUCCUGGAGACGUCGGAUUUCCUGAAGAACGAUAGCUUGGCCAUCACCUGCACUGUGGGUGUGGUAGUGUCAUCCACUCAGGGUCCUAGGAUGUACUCUAUCCCUGUUCCUGAGCUUGACUUAGGGGAGCAUUUUGGCGCCUUACUGGACAGCGGCGAAGGCACUGACGUCACGUUAGAGGUGGACGGAGAACUGUAUCAUGCUCACAAGCUUGUUUUGGCAGCCCGGUCGCCUGUAUUCCAAGCGCAGCUCUUUGGGCCUAUGCGAGAUCGAAGUAGCGGCAAUAUCGAAAUCAAAGACAUCGAACCUCCAGUGUUUAAGGCGCUGCUACAUUUCAUCUACCGAGAUUCUCUACCGGAUAUGAAAGAGCUUGCUGGAGCACCGUCCACGUCCAUCCUGUUAGCCCAGCAUCUGUUGGCUGCAGCAGAUAGGUAUGGCCUCGAUCGGCUCCGGCUCUUGUGCGAGUCCAAGCUGUGCGAAAAUGUCAGCGUGGACACAGUGGCGACAACUCUCGCCCUUGCCGAACAACACCACGCUGCAGAGUUGAAGGCUGUUUGCUUGAAAUUUGCGGCUGCGAACCUUGCUGCCGUGAUGCAAUCGGAAGGAUUUGAAUACCUGCGCGAUAGUUGUCCCACUUUGCAGUCCGAGUUGUUAAAAACCGUAGCUGGUGUUUGCGAAGAAAGCGUCGUUACUGGUGUCAUCUCGAAUCGGAAUCGCAGUGUGUGGGGUCAGUUGUCUGAUGGAACUGAUGCCAGCGGUAGGAGGGUUAGACCUAGAACCUAGCUCUCACUCUUUGGCCCAUUAAUUCACUUCAAGAAAUAGCUUGCUAUGCCUUGGAGACCACGAGUUUCAGAGUCCUACCUUACGAGUGCCAGUAGCCAUUCUGUUGAGAGUAAUUUCUACGACCAGGCGAGAUCUGAAGCUUGUCUGCGGGUUAAGCCUUCAACGCUGCCAGUGCAAAGCACGAGAAUGUUUCCUGCUCAAAAAACAGAAGAUAUUCCAUGCCAGAGAUCAAGCAGACCUGCAACUAACAUAUCUCCUAGUGCGUCUCGUUUACUGUCAUCAACGAGUUGACAGUCUCUCGUUAUCGUUAUCUCAGUUCUCGAAGCUGGAGACUGAGAUGCCAGUAACUUGAAACUGAUUCCAAGUUAACUACUGUCAGCUUUGCAUUUGCUUACUCAAGCACCCACUUUUGAUGCGUAUUUCUCGCACCUGCAUUGUAGGGUUUAAUGUCGGGUGCUGAUCCAUCGGUGCUCAAUUCCAAGCACGGUUUCCACUAGUGGAUGUAUCUUUCAGCUGGGGAAACAAACCGAGAAAUUGCACUAGAAAUUCUUUAAACAACUAGAGAUUAUUCGAUGCAUAGAGAUGCUAUUGUAUUUUUGUUGUUGUGUAAUGAGCUAGACAUGGGUGGUGAGCAGUUGUGAAACUAACUAGUAUCAUGGUGUUGGAGGGUCAGGCUUCACACAGCUUUGGUGCAUAAUUUUGUGUCAAAGCUUGGAAGAAUGUAACAAAGAAUUCAAAAUGCAGUAAUCCUUUUUGGUUUACGAGUUUUGAUCUACACUUGAUAAAAAUUCUGAUUGCUGUUUUUGAA